UUUCUCUUAGCUCUCAGUCAGAGCGGUGCUCAGAGUAAUAGGAAGAAAAAAUGCCUCUCUUGCUUCCAGUCCUCCUUGCCUUGCUAAUCUCCAUCCUCAGUGGCCUGUAUUUCUUGGGAGCAUUUCGUAAAAGACGACCCGGAGAGCCUCCCCUGGACAAGGGCCCCAUACCAUGGCUGGGCCACGUGCUGGACUUCCGAAGGGAUACAGCCAAGUUCCUGCAGAAGAUGCAAGAGAAGCAUGGGAGCAUUUUCACUGUGCAGUUAGCAGGUCACUACGUCACCUUCCUCAUGGACCCCUUUUCUUUUGGCACUGUAGUGAAAGAGGCCAGAGCCAGGCUUGACUUUUACAAGUUUGCUAAACAGCUGGUAGAGAAGGUCUUUGGCUAUCAUGCAAUGGAAAAUGAUCACAAGUUCCUGCAAACCUCCAGUAACAAGCACCUGAUGGGCGACGGCUUGGUGGUUAUGACCCAGGCCAUGAUGGAGAACUUGCAGAACCUGAUGCUGCAUAGCGUGGGCUCGAGGAAAGAGCAGAAAGCAUGGAGCCAGGAUGGACUGUUCAACUAUAGCUACAACAUUGUCUUCAGGGCUGGCUACCUUGCACUUUUCGGCAACAAGACUUCCAAUGAAGCUGGCAGUCUGGAGAAAGCUAAAGAGCAAGACCGAAUCCAAUCUGAGGAACUGUUCCAAGAGUUCCGCAAGUACGAUAGACUCUUCCCCCGGCUGGCAUAUGGAGUGCUGCCGCCAAAGGAAAAGAUGGAAGCAGAGAGGUUGAAGAGGUGGUUUUGGGACAGGCUCUCUGUGCAGAAGGUGGCUAACAAAGACAACAUCAGUGGUUGGGUGUUGGAUCAGCAGCAGAUGAGAGCUGAGAGUGGAAUGAAGGAAUCCAUGCAGGACAGAUACAUGUUUCUGCUCCUCUGGGCUUCCCAGGGAAACACUGGUCCGUCCGCAUUCUGGCUGCUACUGUUCCUCAUGAAGCAUUCUGAAGCCAUGAAGGCAGUCCAGGGGGAAGUGGACCAGCUCUUAAGGGAAACCGGUCAAGAGGUCACAUCUGGGGCCCCUCUACUUAAUCUCACUAGAGACAUGCUUCUCAAGACCCCCAUUUUGGACAGUGCAGUGGAGGAAACCCUUCGCUUAACUGCUGCCCCUAUCCUCACCAGGGCUGUCAUGCAGGACAUGAAACUCAGGAUGGCAGAUGGACAAGAGUACAGCAUACGAGAGGGGGACAGAGUGGCGCUGUUCCCAUACACUGCAGUGCAGAUGGAUCCGGCAGUGCAUCAUUAAAGUGACUACUUUAAU